AUGGACCAGAAGCAGCCCAACGUCGUGAACGUCCGCAACGGGCCCUCACGCGGCCGCUCUCGCUCCAUCAGCCGCAGCCGGAGCCGGAGCCGCUCGCCGUCGGCCGCGCGCGAGUCGCUCGACAAGCCCUCGCUCUGGUUGGCGGCGCCCGCAGCCCCUUUGAACCCCGCGCCCUGGGGUAAGCUGGCGCCCGCGUCGUCCCCCUUCGGCGCGGCGCCGAUUACGAGCAGUCUUGCCAGGAGCGGGACGGUCGAUCGCGGCCGCGCGCAGCGAGCUCGCUAUCUCGGCGACGACGACGAACCGCGCACUGGGCGCUCCCGCUCCCGCUCCGUGAGUCGCUCCCGCAGCCGCAGCCGCUCUCCGUCACCGGCCGCCGCGCCAGGCGAGGACGAGGACGUCGUCGUAGAUGAUACGCACGACACGAGCGAGGCGGCCUUGACGUGCCCCAUCUCCACCGGUUUACUAGUGCAGCCGAUGAAGGCGCGGCCGUGCGGCCACGUCUACUCCGCGGCCUCGGUCCGGGCCUACUUCAAGGUUCCUGGUGGAAAAAAGUGCGCCGUCUUCGGCUGCGACAAGGUGCUGAUGUGGAGCGACUUCGUCGAAGAUGAAGCCUCGGAGAUCGCACUUAGGGCUACUACUCAGGACCACGUCCCACACCAACCGUUAUCUGAUCCCUACCAAAGCCUCGCCGCCCCGGCCCCUACGCAGGGCCACGUCCCCGACUGGCUUGAUCAAAUGCGGGCAACGCAAGGGAGAUUCCGGCAAGAUCUGCUCCAGAGAAUGAGGGAAAGAGAGCAGUGGCGCCGAGACCUGGACAGGAUGUCUAACCCCCACCAAAGCCUCGCCGCGCCGGCCACUACGCAGGGCCACGUCCCCGACUGGUAUGAAGAUGCGAUGGCAACGCAACGCAGAAUCCUGCAAGAUGCGAUGCAACGCAACGCGCAGUUCCACGAACUCAUGGACGAGAUGCAACGCGAGGGUGUACAACAGGCCGCUGCAUCCCGCCAAAGGCAGCUCGACUUUCUCGCCCGGCUCGGCUCGAAUGGCCAGGCACCCUUCUGA